UGACCUCUGGAAUCCGGCAAGGAGCUGGACGAUGGAGGAGCUGGGCGCCUGGAUCCCUGCGCUGGAGCCAUUCCGGGUGAAGCAGGCUCCCCCUACUAUCUACUACAUGCCUGACUUUGUGUCCGAAGAGGAGGAGGAGUAUCUUCUGCGGCAGGUCUACAAUGCCCCCAAGCCCAAGUGGACGCAGCUGUCGGGGAGAAAACUUCAGAACUGGGGUGGGCUGCCCCAUCCGCGGGGCAUGGUGCCGGAGCAACUUCCUGCCUGGUUGCAGCGCUACACUGAAAAGAUCUCGAGCCUGGGGGUGUUCGGGGGCCGACAUGCCAACCACGUCCUCAUCAAUGAGUACCAGCCCGGCCAGGGCAUCAUGCCCCACGAGGAUGGGCCCCUCUACUACCCACGCGUCAGCACCAUCAGCCUGGGCUCCCACACGCUCCUGGACCUGUAUCGGCCCUUCCGUUCUGCUUUGGGGCCUGAGGCCGAGGAGGAAGAGCAGAAGGGCCCCCAGACGGAGCAGCAACGCCAUCUUUCAUCCCUGCUGCUGGAGCGCCGCAGCCUGCUGGUCCUGGCCGGCACCGCCUACACGCGGCUCCUCCACGGCAUCCGCCCGGUCACCGCUGAUACCCUGACCGGCCCCGUGGCCAACCUGCCCUCCUGCCCCUCCGCCCAGCCCGGUGCCACCCUGCCGCGCGGCACCCGCGUCUCCCUGACGGUCCGCCACGUGCCCCAGGUCCUCCAGACCGGCCUCCUCCUGGGCAAGUGACCACCAGAGGAAGAUGGG